AUGCUCUCAGGCCGCAUCAAGCGAAGUCUAUCCUGGCUCUCAGACCAUGCCUCCGCCGAGCCAAAUCCUCCAAAGGGCGUACUGGAAAUGGACAUGGCGGAGAAUUGGCUUAUCCGACCAGACUUACUUCCUUUGAUCAAAGAUGCAAUAUCAUUUGACCUGAAACAGCAGGAUCUCUCAUAUUCCCAAGAGCUGGGUGGACCUCCAGGCCUUUUGCAUGUAUCGGCAUCAUUUUUCAAUCGCUUCUUCUCUCCUCAAGUUGCCAUUUUACCCGAGCACAUCGUGACAAGCACAGGAUGUUCAUCGGUUAUUGAGACCCUUAUAUUUUCGAUUUGCGAUACUGGGGAUGGUAUACUACUGGAAACACCCAUGUGGGAUGGGUUUGCUGUCACGUCAACGCUGAGAAACAACGUCCGCAUAGUUCCCGUGAGAUACUCGAGACGACCAACAAGUGCAGCAGAUCUUAUACAGCACUACAGCGAAGCGAUGAAAAUGGCAACGUGUCCCAUUAGGGGCCUCAUCGUUUGCAAUCCCCACAACCCUCUUGGUCAGAUUUAUCCUACUCUGUGGUUAGAGGCGCUGCUUCAAUUCUGCGAAGCUCACAACAUCCACUUUAUCUCGGACGAGAUAUACGCUCUUUCGACCUUUGGGGCGACUAGAUGCGGUCAAUAUGCCAAUCCCGAUACAGUGAUCGGGCUAGAAACGAAGUUCACGUCCGUAUUGUCGAUGGACCUGAAGCGACUUGGCGUCGACCCUGCUCGUGUCCAUGUAGCUUACAGUAUCAGCAAGGAUUUGGGUAGCAGCGGGCUUCGAAUGGGCUAUAUCAUUACGCAGUCAAAUCCCGGGCUUCGCCACGCACUAGCGGUCCUCAACAGAUUCAAGACGGUUGAAACUGUACUGGACCACAACAAACCUCGCCUGCGCAAAGCAGCGGAGAUGGUAGAAGAUUUCCUGUCAUUCCAUCAGAUUGUGUUCUAUUCACCGGUUGCGGGUUGCGUCAUGUGGGCGCGGAUUGGGGGCGAGCUAGCAACAAAGGAGACAGACGCAGAGCUAUUUGAAAAACUUGCUGCAGCAGGUGUGGCCGUUGGUGCCGGCUCCAGGUUCAACAGCGGAGAACCGGGCUGGUUCAGAAUCACUUUUGCUCUACCUCGGAAGGAUCUGAUCGGAGGACUACGCCGAAUCGAAAUUGGGAUGGAGGCAAAGCGACAGUGGAUACCCGAAAAAGCCCAAUUGUGA